AGCUGCUGAGAAAUUAUCUCGAAAAUUCUUUAUGAGAUUCUCAGUGACUGCAUAGUAACCAGUUUAUUUAGUUGUAUUUAUUAGAAAUUGUUGAAAAGAAUUGCGGGAUUUGACGGAAUCGACUGUGUAUUUCGGCGGAGGCGGCAAUGGCAAUAAAAGGUAACACUAAUAGUCCGCAUUUGGACAUCCCGGUGGAAAUCCGUUUUGUGACAUCCGGCGGUAAAUACCAUCUGAGGCGACCCCAAAACCGAAGGGGAAAUCCCUGGAUACACGUGGGUAAAACAUCCCGUGAUGGUCGUGACCCAAGCGGUCAUUGUAAAGCGCACCACACGUCGAUUCCAUUGGGACGAGAUGUUCUCCGACGCAACCCAAUCGGCGAUGAUACUUGCAAUCGCUAUGACGAUACUCCGUAUACCAUUCCGGCCCACUACACUUGGGAAUAUCAUAUAUCAUCAAACAACGCUGGAUAACCACUUUGAUUGGCCAUCUUAUAUAAUUGGGUGCGCAUUAAAAUUGUGAUUGCGGGUGCGCA